AUGCUGAGUGCUGAAUAUCGGGAGUUCAUGACUCCCUCGAAAUAUGAGACCCUCACUGAAAUCAUUAACACCGCUCGAGAGCGAGAAUUUGAAUUGAAGAAACAAGUAGAGAGGGGCGAACGAAGGGUGCAUGAUGUGAAACCAAGUCCUACGAAGCAGGCACGAACAACUGAAUCGGCAAAGAAGUCGGGUGUGAAGGACGGAUCGCCGAGUUGUAAGGUAUGUGGAAAGAGGCAUAAGGGCGAGUGUCGCUUUAAGGAUAAACCAUGUCCUAUAUGCGGAAAGAUAGGGCAUACGGCUACGCUAUGCCCGGGGAAGGUUUCGGUUUGUUACAAUUGCUACCAACCGGGUCACAAGAAAUUUGAGUGCCCAUAG